UGUACUUUCCAGUAAUAAAUAAAACAAAAAAUAAAUGAAUAAUUGGCCUUUGCUGAAUUUGUACUACUUUUAAUACCCUGCCCGACCCCGCCCCCUCGCCACAUAAACCACGCCCCUCCGGAAUGUUCUCAGGAGGACGUGCGCUCUAGGCUUAUUAAGUAUGGACGCGUUCGCUUGAUGGUCACGCGCUGUAGAAUUGUCGUCCGCGCGAGCGUCAUUCCCGAUGAAAAGGAGUGCGGAUUGAAGAGGCGCGCGGAGAGAGCGUUUGUUUUGCGAACAUGGGCAGCUGAAAGCUCGGGAACGAAUGGACACGAAAGGUUGAAUGGUUACCUUAUACCCCUCGCCAAAGUGUUACUGUAACCGGACUGAAGGAAGUUCAAGGGGCUUUUCAGCCUCACCACAGUAACAGGAUCUUGAGGGGCUCUGCGUGCUAACGAGCUACAUGGGACAUACUUUGAAUUAUUAAAGCGCGUAAUGAGAAGAAUGACGCGCAGAUGGUAGACUAAAGCGCGUUCAUGGAAAACGGACAUAUUUGCGUUUGGGAAGGAAAAAACUGACACCGUAUCGAGCGUGUUUGGCCCCUCUCGUCAUGCGGCGGUGGGGGAGGAUCGGAGCAGGGACCUCGCAGCGGAUCUAUGUUUCGCAACAAUGUUAAUGCCCCAUACCGAGGGAUUAUAAGGCCUCAAAAUGACACUUGGUGUCCAAAUGUGCACUCGAGAAGUUGCGUAUAGAGUUUGUCCUGCGAAUUUCUAAAGAUAAUAACCAAAACUGAAAGCCCAAUUCAAUCUAAAGUCAUUAAACGGGAAUGUAUAUAUCAAGUAUCGUUGAAUGUAGCUCCCAGUACAGCAUGCCAAGUCUAUGAUCUGCAUUACUUGCUUGAGUUGAUCAGGGAACCGUUUCGGAAGCUUUUGUGUAUCUUAACGCGUUUUUAUGUGUGAAGUUAUUUUGUGGUCCUCUGCGCAAAUGGCGUCUUUCCCAGACUCCGACCUGCAAACAUGUCCGCUGUGCAAGGAGCUGUGCGGCUGCUCUGCUCCGAUCUCCUCCAAUUCAUCUACCUCCUCCUCGUCCUCCCAGACCUCCAACUCCUCAUCUACCUCAUCCACCAGGAGGCUGCACGUCCUGCCCUGUCUCCACGCCUUCUGCAGGCAAUGCCUAGAGGGCCACAGGAGCCCAGGUGACCCUCUGAAGCUCAGAUGCCCCACAUGCGACCAAAAAGUGUCUCUGACGGAAUCAGGCGUGGACGCGUUGCCUUCCUCCAACUUUCUUUUCAGCAACCUGCUGGAUGUGGUGGUCUCUGCUGAGGAACAGGGCAAGAACGGUCGGUCUUCAUCGGUGGUCCAUCACGGUGGUCUUCUGAGACCCCAGCACCUCUCAGACCCUCAGUGCAGCUCUUGUGAUGAGGGCAACCCCGCUACCUCCCACUGCCUGGACUGCCAGGAGUACCUGUGCGACAACUGCGUCAGGGCUCACCAGAGGGUCCGACUCACCAAAGACCACUUCAUCGAGGGGCUUCUGGAGAGCUUACACCUGGCCAACCGCACCAACAACUCCAACACCCCGAUCAACAUCUCCCAGUCCUUCCUUAACAGCUUCUCCAUGCUGAAUGUUUUCCAGGAGAGGAUGGACUUCUGCCAGCAGCAUGAUAACGCGGUGCUGCGGUUUUUCUGUGACAGCUGCGGCGUGCCAAUCUGUAGAGAGUGCAGCUUGGGCAGACACGCGGGUCACAGUUUCACCUACCUGCAGGAAGCACUGCAGGACUCCAGAGCGCUGACCAUCCAGCUGCUCGCAGACGCACAGCAGGGCAGACAGGCUGUACAGCUGAGCAUCGAGAAAACCCAGGCCAUUGCUGAACAAGUGGAACUGAAGGCUAAGGUUGUGCAGUCAGAAGUGAAAACCAUCACUCUUCGUCAUAAGAAAGCUCUGGAGGAACGCGAGUGUGAGCUGCUCUGGAAGGUGGAGAAGAUUCGACAGGUGAAGGCAAAAUCCCUUUACCUGCAGGUUGAGAAACUUCACCAUAAUCUCACCAAGCUGGAUAGUACUAUCGCCACAGUGACACAGGUUCUAGAAGAGGGCCGUAGCAUAGAUGUCCUGCUAGCACGAGAGCACAUGUUAAAUCAGCUACAGGAGCUUAAAUCCAUCCGCUGCAUCCUACAGCCCCAAGAAGACGAUCGCAUCAUGUUCACACCACCAGACCAGGCUCUUCUGAUUGCCAUCAAGUCCAUGGGCCUCAUCAGCAGCGGAGCCUUCGCCACAGCUUCCAAAGCUCACGGUGAAGGCCUCAAGAGAGCACUGCAAGGAAAGCUAGCUUCCUUUACUGUCGUAGGGUAUGAUCAUGACGGUGAGCCUCGGUUGUCUGGUGCUGACAGUGUCUCGGUUGUGCUUAUGAGUCCGGAUGGAAAUCUGUCUAGCGCAGAUGUUUCCGACCACCAAGAUGGAACGUACACAGUCAGCUAUCUGCCCAAGAGCGAGGGUGAGCAUUUGCUCUCGGUGCUUAUAUGCAAUCAGCACAUUGAGGGAAGUCCUUUCAAAGUGAUGGUCAAAUCCGGUCGCAGUUACGGCGGUGUAGGCCUGCCCAUUGCAUCUUUCGGAGGAGAGGGCGAUAGGGACGGGCAGCUGUGUCGGCCUUGGGGCAUCUGCGUGGAUAAGGAGGGCUACGUGGUGGUCGCUGACCGAAGCAACAACCGCGUGCAGAUCUUCAAGCCUUGUGGCACGUUCCACCACAAGUUUGGCACCUUGGGCUCACGACCGGGCCAGUUUGACCGCCCUGCUGGAGUCGCCUGUGACAGCCAGAGGAGAAUCAUUGUGGCAGAUAAGGACAAUCACCGCAUCCAGAUCUUUACCUUUGAUGGCCAGUUUCUUCUCAAAUUUGGUGAGAAGGGAACCAAAAAUGGGCAGUUCAACUACCCAUGGGAUGUGGCCGUCAACUCUGAAGGGAAGAUCCUGGUUUCGGAUACACGCAACCACCGUGUGCAACUCUUUGGACCUGACGGGACUUUCCUUAACAAAUACGGAUUCGAAGGUGCCCUCUGGAAACAUUUUGACUCUCCUCGCGGUGUGGCCUUCAAUCAGGAAGGCCACCUCGUUGUGACCGACUUCAACAAUCAUCGGCUGCUUGUCAUCAGGCCCGACUGCCAGUCAGCACGCUUCCUCGGGUCUGAGGGAACCGGAAAUGGCCAGUUCUUGCGGCCUCAAGGUGUAGCAGUGGACCAGGAGGAUCGUAUUAUCGUGGCCGAUUCCCGCAACCAUCGCAUUCAGGUGUUCGAACCCAACGGCAACUAUUUAUGCAAGUUUGGGACACACGGUAACGGCUUCGGGCAAAUGGAUCGCCCCUCGGGUAUAGCGGUUACCCCAGAUGGAAUGAUCGUGGCUGUGGACUUUGGAAACAACCGAAUCCUCAUGUUCUGACCUUUUAAGGUUUGAAAUACAAAACUGUAACUGUGGACAACUGGAAAAGGAGAUUUUGCACAUCUAUCAGGAGCAAAUGUAGUUUUAUUUAGCAAGUUGACAACAGUUGUAGGGACUUUAUAGUUUUGUAUGAUUCUCAGUGAUCGUGUAACACCAAAUGCUUGCCGUUACAGCACACCGUUUUGACUGCUAAAGGCUGAGAGUGUUUUGCUCUUGGUAUGUGUCUUCAAAUCUUUUUUUUUUUCUUUUUUUUUUCUCAGGGAAUUUCUUGCAUUAUUGAAAUAUGUUCUCUCUGCAUUACACCUACCUCAUCUAGCUUAUGUAUGAAUGUACUCACAUUUGUGCAGAGUCCGUGAAGUUUUAUAAAGAAGCGUCUACCUCAGUGUUUUUUUUUUUCUUCGUUAAUGUGAGAACGUAAAAAAAAACGAAACUAAAUGAAGCAAUGUUUGGGUAUUUGCACAGUUCGCACAAUUUUUUUUCCUGAUUGUUACUGUGCACAAAAGUUAUAUCCCUGAAUGUUUCUCAUAACGAUUGAUAAAAACAAAGCUGCAUGUUUUGGCAGAAACAUUAGGAGAACGUUUUGAUAUAUCUACUGCUAUGUUUUCUUUUUUCUUUUUAUUUUGUGUACAUUUUAAAUCAGACUUUAUCUUUAUCUCAUACCUCAUCUAAACCUUUUACCUCAUUUACCGUAUUAUACCUCUGGGUCCAUGAGCCUCAUUACACAUUUACCUCACUUUAUGGUCUUUUCCAUUUGAAAAUUAUGCAAGCAGUUACCAAAAAUUAAUAUGCUGUAUAACUGAUGAAAAAGACUUCUAAACUAGACAAAUGAUCUGAAUUUAGUAAUUUAAUAGGACCCUCAUUAUGUAAUCAAGACUAUGAGAUUUGCUCUGACUAUGAGAAAUGCAACUGCAGAAGAACAGAUACCCAUGAUUAUUUUAAAUGUGUUAUGAUAAAAGAGUAAAAUGGAGGGUGUUCUUUAAAGAAGAUCUUCAGAUCGGUUUUAUUUUUGGGGAGGGACAAAUUGAAAGAAUGUAGACAAGUGUAUAUCUAAGUGUAAAAAUGACCUAGCCCUUAUCUUUGUGUUUCUAUAGUUUUGUUUUUCAUAUGCAUGAUUUAGGCAAGGUAAACUUGAUCGACACAACUGGCAAACAAGGAUAUAAUCCAGUUCCUCUCAGACUAAGGAUUUUUUUUAUAUAGUGUUCUUUCAAGAUAGGAUGUAUAUUGAGGCCAGGUUCAUAAGAGUCUUAUUACAAACAGCUGCAUUAGAUCACAAGUUGGUUUUUGUUGUUCUAUUGAUAACAGCAUGGCCUACAGUGCUUCCUGUGCCCAUUUAAGAAAGAUCUCCAGGGAGACCAUUCACUCGGUCCGUGUAACAUAAUUUGAAAACACUUAGAAUCAAUUUAACCCAGUUUGAAAUUGGAUAGUUUGUGGGUAGGUUUUUUUUUUUUGCUUCUGUGUUCAAUUGAUUAAAAGAAAGAAGAAGAAAAAAGAGGAAGCAAAGCAUUUGGGGAAAAGAAAAAAUAAUAUAUAAUUAUAAAGCACUGGUGUACAGCAGAACAAAAGCACAUGCUCUCCCAUUAUAGUCUGCCUGAACUUCUUAUGGAAGUUAUUUUAUGACCAACAGGAAAGUGUAUCUCACCAAAGUUGUGUCAUAACUCAAAAUAUGAAGUUUGCAAACAGGCAAUGAGAAUCACUAAUCAUUAAAAUGAGAGUUUUUCCUUUCUGGUAUUAAGUGGUCCAUGGGAAUUUGUAUGUUCCUGUUCUUGCAAGCAUCAUGUGUGUGUGUUUUUGGAUAUUUUGAAAUGGGUGAGCUUUAUACGAACUUCCUUCUGAAUGUGUGUGGAUCCAGCUUGUUCGUACAUAUGUGUGGCAGGCCCACUUACACAACUAACUGUAUAUGUUUGUAAUACUAACCUUUGGGGUUACUUUGCAUGAUGCUUUCUGUUUAACCUUUAGGUAGCAUUUGAAACCAGAAAAUUGUGGGAGUGCUGGACCAUAUGUUGGAAAGUGAUCAUGAUGUUUUCCCCGCCGUUUUCUUAUUGGCUGCAGUUAUCUUGUGUCCUAUCAUGAGUAUUAACGUGCUUGCAUGUAGUUACCUGUGCCUUUCGUGAUGCUAGAUAAAUUGGAAUUGAUUGUCUGCCAAAGGGUGACUAUAGGAAAUAGGCAUGUGCCAAAAAUGAUUCUGAAAGUCACGGGUGCAUUGAGCUUUUGCUUUUAAUUUAUAAAGUGAAUCUUUCUCAGUUGUUUUUCUUUGUAUAUUACCUCAUUAUAAACAAAAUAUUGACUUCAAAUUGUGGAUCAUCAGGCAUAUUUAUGUUGGAGAGAUGUUAAUUGAGAUAAUGUUGCGUUUUAUGCUUGGUGAGAGUGGGAAGUAGGCAGUUAGAUUUAUGAAAAUUGAUAGACAUCUGCACAUUAGAUGAGAAUAGACAAAAAAAAAAAGGACCAGCAUGGGUAACGGAAGCCCGUUUAAUGGAUGUAAGGAGCUUAUACAAUAAAAAAAUUAAGGAUUUGCUGCUUCCACCAACAAAGAUCUUCCCUGUCUUACAGUAUUAAUAUCAGAUUUGAUUGGAUGAAUAUUUAGCCACAAAGUUUUUUUUGUUUUUUUCCCCCUGAAUCCCUGCUCUCUUUAAGAGGGAACUUUAAAUGUAUAUUUUUGCAUGCUGUAGAGGUCCUUGUAGACGGGUGGAUGUAAAAUAUGGAUGUUGGAAAACAAGGGGAGGGAGGAAGAAAAAAUGUAUAAUGUACCAAAACAAAAACAAACACAAAAAGCGAAUAUCGUUUGUUAGCUUGUGGUGAGCGGUUGACUAUAUGAUUGUACUAUUUCUAGAUAGCUUUACAGAGUAAGGUACCUCGCUGAGCUCCAUUCAAAUGCCUUACCACAGCUCCUUAAUGUUAGCUUUUGGAAUCAAAUCAGAACUGAAAAACUGCCAAAGACCUCGUUCGAAUGAAACCUCAGUGUGUGGAUGUAUUUAUAAAUCGAUUUUUCAUGUUUGCCCGAAGAUUUAUUCGUUUGGCAUCGAUCAUUCUUGUAUUUCAACAAGCUGUCGAUAUCUUAACAUAGAGGUGAAACGCUCGUAGAACACGUCCCUGGACGAUGGCUUCUGUGUGUAACACGAGUUUCUGAGCAGGUGCCCUACAGGACCAAAGAUGGAAAAAAGUUUGAAUCCAGCUCCCAAUGAAAACUGAUCUCCAACUGUGUGGUGGUAGAGUUUUAUUUGACGAAGUUGUGAUGACUCAGGAGAGACCAGUACAGAUAAAGCCACUAUAUAAAACCCCUUUAGCGGUGAUUUGGACUAUAUUAAAAGUGUAAGUUCUACUUUGAGAGACAAUUCAUUUUUUUAGGACUGAUACUUUAUCUAGAUAUUAUCUGGCUCAAUGGACAUGAAAGUCAGUGUUAUCAAACUCAGUCAUUGCAAAAAAAAAAAUCUUUCUUUCUCGUUUUUUUUUGUUUUCUUUUUCUUUCGUUGGACCUCCGGUCUCUAAUUGUACGGGUUUUGUCACCAUUUCUGGUGUAUUCCAGCUUAUGACUUCCUUACUGGAGAAAAACAGAAAAUGUAAGUUUAGAAUUGUGUGGUCAUAGAUGCUUUUAUGAUUGUGUUAUCUUAUGGGAAAAAAAGAGAUGUGUAUACACACGUUAAAACCACUCAGGUAGCUUUGUAGGGAUUUGAUUAAAAUUCAAUAUUUGUUUCCUACAGUUUGAUAGUGAAUCCUUUGUUAGUACCUUAUGAGCUUUUGUGUUGUUUUGUUGGUAAAAAUGCUGUUAUUGAAUUGCAUGGGUUUCUUUUCAACCAUGUCACGGUAAACAGUCAGUGAGGGGGUGAGCAAUUCAUAACUUUUACACCAGCAUGUCUCAGUUUUGCAUUCUUCACAAAGUCCGAACUUGAUUUGAUUAAUUUAAACCUCAUGUAACUAAAGGAAUCGUUUACCUCUAUAAUUGAUGGAUGGAUAUAUUAUGAUAAAUGUGUUUGCAUUCAAAGGCUGUUACAAAAUGUAAAAAAAUGCCUUAAAGCUUGAAAAAUAGGGUUUCAAGAAAUUUGAGGCCAACAGUCUGUCUCUAAAUUAGAAUUAUAGUGAUAAUAGACAUUUAGACUUUUGAUAUUUACAUCAGGCUUGGCUGUAAGAGAGGCUAAGCAAAGAGGUGUGGGGAGAUUCUGGUCCAAAGUUCUGACCUGGAAUCGGUUUUGCCUUUUAAAAUAAAAUGAUUGUCCUUUCAGGUGUAUGAUAUUGGUUUAGGAGCCCUCCAAGAGGCCCACCAUUCUUUCCAUCUCUUUUUGUUUCAGAACUCGCACUAUCCCACCAUCUAUCACCCCCUCAACCAAAGCAACAGAACGGUCAUUUAUUACUCUCUGAAUAAGGCUGAUGAGGCUAUAUGAAAUACAUAGUGGUCUGCAGUCUUGUUCUUUUGUCUUUGUGGACUUUAAACAUUUCCUAUGCAGUUUUUUUGUUUUAGUUUUUUAUGUUUGGUUGUUUAUGAUUUAAAUAAAGUUAUACCUCUUUGGAUCCUG